GGAAGAUGGGGCAAGUGCAAGAAUGGAUCAUCUGUUGCAAACAUCUGGGAAUCCCUGCCUGCAACUCAGAACGUGUCUCGCUCUGUCACCCAGGCUGGAGUGCUAUGGUGUGAUCAUAGCUCACUGCAACCUUGAACUUCUGGGCUCAAGCCAUUCUCCUGCCUCAGCAACGGAUCGUGUUCUUCAGUUCAGUUCUACAGCCCCUCUCCCAGAAGUCUCUCUCAGCAGUCAGAGAUCCUGAAGGCCAGAGCCUAAGAAGCGCCAGCUGAGGUGGUGAGAAAAGCAGAAAAGUCUCUUCUUUAACCACUGCAUAUGCACAUGGGAGAGAAUUGGGUUGAACCUGGGACCCAGAAAUGCAGAGACCCUGCCUCUCCAAAGACCCAGGGUGCUGAAAACAAACUCGUCUUGGACCCAGAGAUGCAAACACCAGGGAUGAACAAGCGCAGGGAAGAGCCGGUUCCGAGAGCGCGAGGCCCUGGGGAGAUCCGGCCAAGGCUGCCGCUGGGAUGGAGGAAGCGUCGAGUAGAGCCGGAGUCACCGGGGACGGAUUUCCUUCCCAGCUCAGCUCCCCUACAGCUUGGCGAGGCCUGCUCCUAGCGCCUGCGAAGUGGAGGAGGACUGCGCCUCGGGCCUGGCAGCGGCAGCCGGCGAACGAGGCGGGCACAGCAGGGAAGCGCGCUGCCUGGCCGAGCGACGGACAUGCGUCUGGACCAAUGAGCACAGCCGGCGGAGAGCGUGGUGGCGAAUGAGCGCGAAGAAGAGGGGCGGGAGUUCCGGGCGGGCUGUCACCCUCUUCCCCCCUUUUGGGCUGGAGGCUCCACCUUUUGUGUUUCCCGCACAGUCAAUCAAAAUAGGAAAAAAAAAUCCCCGGACCGCUCCGGCCGUGUCCGCCGCCGCUUCCCGCAUCCUCUCCCGGCGCCGCCGCCUUCGCUCCUCACCAUGUGUAAGGCGGCGGGGAGCCCCGCCUGAGGUGCCCUAAACACACUAUGACCGCUCCCGAAAAGCCCGUGAAACAAGAGGAAAUGGCUGCCUUGGACGUGGACAGCGGCGGCGGUGGCGGCGGCGGCCACGGCGAGUAUCUGCAGCAGCAGCAGCAACAGCAGCAGCAGCAGCAGCAAGGAAACGGCGCGGUGGCGGCGGCGGCCCAGGACACUCAGCCGUCACCGCUCGCUCUGCUGGCCGCUACCUGCAGCAAGAUAGGGCCGCCAUCGCCGGGCGACGACGAGGAGGAGGCGGCCGCCGCAGCCGGGGCCCCCGCCGCCGCCGCCGCCGGCGCCGGAGCGACAGGUGAUUUGGCUUCUGCACAGUUAGGAGGAGCACCAAACCGAUGGGAGGUUUUGUCAGCCACACCUACAACUAUAAAAGAUGAAGCUGGUAAUCUAGUGCAGAUUCCAAGUUCUGCUACUUCAAGUGGGCAGUAUGUUCUUCCCCUUCAGAAUUUGCAGAAUCAACAAAUAUUUUCAGUUGCACCAGGAUCAGAUUCCUCAAAUGGUACAGUGUCCAAUGUUCAAUAUCAAGUAAUACCACAGAUUCAGUCAACAGAUGGUCAGCAGGUUCAGAUUGGUUUCGCAGGCUCUUCAGAUAAUGGGGGUAUAAAUCAAGAAAGCAGUCAAAUUCAGAUCAUUCCUGGCUCUAAUCAAACCUUACUUGCCUCUGGAACACCUCCUGCUAAUAUCCAGAAUCUCAUACCACAGACUGGUCAAGUCCAGGUUCAGGGAGUUGCAAUUGGUGGUUCAUCUUUUCCUGGCCAAACCCAAGUAGUUGCUAAUGUGCCUCUUGGUCUGCCAGGAAAUAUUACCUUUGUACCAAUCAAUAGUGUCGAUCUAGAUUCUUUGGGACUCUCGGGCAGUUCUCAGACAAUGACUGCAGGCAUUAAUGCUGAUGGACAUUUGAUAAACACAGGACAAGCUAUGGAUAGUUCAGACAAUUCAGAAAGGACUGGUGAGCGGGUUUCUCCUGAUAUUAAUGAAACUAAUACUGAUACAGAUUUAUUUGUGCCAACAUCCUCUUCAUCACAGUUGCCUGUUACGAUAGAUAGUACAGGUAUAUUGCAACAAAACACAAAUAGCUUGACUACGUCUAGUGGGCAAGUCCAUUCUUCAGAUCUUCAGGGAAAUUAUAUCCAGUCGCCUGUUUCUGAAGAGACACAGGCUCAGAAUAUUCAGGUUUCUACAGCACAGCCUGUUGUACAACAUCUACAACUUCAAGAGUCUCAGCAGCCAACCAGUCAAGCGCAAAUUGUGCAAGGUAUUACACCACAGACAAUCCAUGGUGUGCAAGCCAGUGGUCAAAAUAUAUCACAACAGGCUUUGCAAAAUCUUCAGUUGCAGCUGAAUCCUGGAACCUUUUUAAUUCAGGCACAGACAGUGACCCCUUCUGGACAAAUAACCUGGCAAACAUUUCAAGUGCAAGGGGUCCAGAACUUGCAGAACUUGCAAAUACAGAAUACUGCUGCCCAACAAAUAACUUUGACGCCUGUUCAGACACUCACACUUGGUCAGAUUGCGGCAGGUGGAGCCUUGACUUCAACGCCAGUUAGUCUAAGCACUGGUCAGUUGCCAAAUCUACAGACAGUUACAGUAAAUUCUAUAGAUUCUACUGGUAUACAGCUACAUCCAGGAGAGAAUGCUGACAGUCCUGCAGAUAUUAGGAUCAAGGAAGAAGAACCUGAUCCUGAAGAGUGGCAGCUCAGUGGUGAUUCUACAUUGAAUACCAAUGAUCUAACACACUUAAGAGUACAGGUGGUAGAUGAAGAAGGGGACCAACAACAUCAAGAAGGAAAAAGGCUUCGGAGGGUAGCUUGCACCUGUCCCAACUGUAAAGAAGGUGGUGGGAGAGGUACCAAUCUUGGGAAAAAGAAGCAACACAUUUGUCAUAUACCAGGAUGUGGUAAAGUCUAUGGGAAGACUUCACAUCUGAGAGCUCAUCUGCGUUGGCAUUCUGGAGAGCGCCCUUUUAUUUGUAACUGGAUGUACUGUGGUAAAAGAUUUACUCGAAGUGAUGAAUUACAGAGGCACAGAAGAACACAUACAGGUGAGAAGAAAUUUGUUUGUCCAGAAUGUUCAAAACGCUUUAUGAGAAGUGACCACCUUGCCAAACAUAUUAAAACACAUCAGAAUAAAAAAGGUAUUCACUCUAGCAGUACAGUGCUGGCAUCUGUGGAAGCUGCGCGAGAUGAUACUUUGAUUACUGCAGGAGGAACAACACUUAUCCUUGCAAAUAUUCAACAAGGUUCUGUUUCAGGGAUAGGAACUGUUAAUACUUCCGCCACCAGCAAUCAAGAUAUCCUUACCAACACUGAAAUACCUUUACAGCUUGUCACAGUUUCUGGAAAUGAGACAAUGGAGUAAAUAUUACACAAAUACUUAUUCAUUGUGGUUAUUUUUAUACAGUAGUGAGAAGAAUAUUGUUCCUAAGUUCUUAGAUAUCUUUUUAUUGAUGUGCAAAAAUUUUUGGAUUGACAGUAACUUGGUUAUACAUGACACUGAAAUGCCUUACUUUGUAUGAUAUUCCAUAGUAUAUUAAAAAAUGGUAAAAUUGCAUGGGUUUUGUAGGUACUUUUGGAAUCUAGAAGAAAUGAAAUUUUACCAAGUUAUAUAAAGAGAAAAUUGAAUUUAACAAUGCGAAUGGUAGUCUAACCAAAUGCAUCAAUCCUGUGUGGUUUAGUGUAUAAAUGAGAACAUGUUGGUAUUUAUCUAUUGUAAGAUAAAAAAGUUGGUGGGUGAAAGAAAUCAUGUUAUGAUAAAAAAAUUUUGUAAUUUUCUUGAUGACUGGAAUUUUUAUUAUGCAUAACUGACAAAUCAAGUUUCCAAGCAAAUGUUACAUAGUGUAGGCUUUACUUAGCUUAUCAAUUUGUCAUUUUGAAGCUAAUUAUUUUAAUUAGGUUAACUAUGUACAAUAUUUUAAGCAUUACUCUUGUAAGAUUUUGAAAACUACAUUUUAACAUGGAACUCUAGGGAUAGUCACCUUUUAAAUCCUGUUGAAAAGCCAUGUUUAAGAUUUAAUUUGCCAAAAUAAUGUCUUGUUAAUAUUCUUUCAAUAACGAAGUUGGGCAAUAUAACCAAUGUUUAAAAAAGUUUAAAAUGUAUAGGUUGAGGCAUUUGGGUGGUAAGAAAAUGUUAUAGUGAGUGAAUUAUCCCUUUUCUUGAAUAUUGGAGGACCAAAAAAAAUGAGGUGUAUUGCGUCUUAGCAGUGAUUUUUAUCCAAUCUUGUUUCCAAAAACCAUGUCUGCCAGGGCCUUAAAAGCCAUCAUGUAAAUUUACCAAUAAAGUAUAACAUAUGCAAACAUAACAAAAUCACUUCCAUAGUGACGAUACUCCAACCAUAUGAAUAUUAGUCAUAGAAAACUAGAGGUUUUAUGAUAUUUUUUUAAGUCUUUUUUUUUUUUUGUCUAGGUAGUCAGUCUGCACUUAAAUAUCAAUCAUUUUCCUUUUUUGCUUCUUACCUUAAAAUUUAUAUGUAUCCAGUACAUUUAAUUGAGAAACGUAUGUUUUUUAUUACGCUGUAUUUUCUUUUUAUUUUUUAAUUAUUGUUUAUAUUUUCAAUUUAAAGAAAUGUACAAAAUAAAGUUACAUUGCUGGUCUUGUAAGAGCUAUACAACUUUCCUAAAUGUAUACCUAUAACUGCAGCAAUUCACCUAUUUCAAAAAUUUGGAAUUCUGUUCAUUUAUUAUUCUUAAGACCACCUCAAAUUUAAAGGCUACCUUAUUGUACGUUUAAAGUGUAUUAUAACAGUGUGGUAGUUAAUAAAACACUAUUUUUUUUUCUUUUGA